CAGCGCUGACUCCGGAAGUGUUUCCGGGACCGGCAGCUUCGGUGUUUUUGAAUGAAAUCGGGCUGAUUCAUUGUAUACAGUGCGGGGAAGCAAUAGACACUGAAACCGAGGCCACACAUUACGUUUUACGCACUUCCCGGUCCACGAAAAUCACAGAGAAAUGGACAGACUUCUGCGGCUUGGUGGUGGAAUGCCUGGACUUGGUCAGGGACCACCAACUGAUGCCCCUGCAGUUGAUACGGCAGAACAGGUUUACAUCUCAUCUUUGGCAUUACUAAAGAUGCUGAAACAUGGUCGAGCUGGUGUUCCAAUGGAAGUCAUGGGCUUAAUGCUAGGAGAAUUUGUUGAUGACUACACAGUGAGAGUGAUUGAUGUAUUUGCUAUGCCUCAGUCUGGAACAGGGGUCAGUGUAGAAGCGGUAGAUCCUGUAUUUCAAGCCAAAAUGUUAGACAUGCUGAAACAAACUGGGAGGCCUGAGAUGGUUGUUGGUUGGUACCACAGUCACCCUGGCUUUGGCUGCUGGCUUUCAGGAGUUGAUAUCAAUACUCAACAGAGCUUUGAAGCCCUGUCAGAGCGAGCUGUUGCUGUAGUAGUGGACCCAAUUCAGAGUGUUAAAGGAAAGGUUGUUAUUGAUGCCUUCAGACUGAUCAAUGCCAAUAUGAUGGUUUUGGGACAUGAACCAAGACAAACGACAUCAAAUCUAGGUCAUUUAAACAAACCAUCAAUCCAGGCCUUAAUCCAUGGUUUAAACAGGCAUUACUAUUCAAUAACUAUCAACUACAGGAAAAAUGAACUGGAGCAAAAGAUGCUGCUAAAUUUGCAUAAAAAGAGCUGGAUGGAGGGUCUCACACUUAAAGACUACAGUGAGCACUGCAAAUUGAAUGAAACCAUUGUCAAAGAAAUGUUGGAACUGGCUAAAAACUACAAUAAGGCUGUAGAAGAGGAGGAUAAAAUGACACCUGAGCAGCUGGCUAUCAAAAAUGUUGGAAAACAGGAUCCAAAGCGUCACUUGGAGGAACACGUUGAUGUUCUGAUGACCUCAAAUAUUGUGCAGUGCUUGGCAGCCAUGUUGGAUACUGUUGUUUUUCAGUAGUUGCAGCCUUUAUAUAAGCAUUAUAAUCAUUUUGUUUUUUUAUUAUUAAACUUGUGUAUUAAUUUUGUAAACUAAGGCUUUAGAAAAGUGUAUUUAUCUUAAAUCAUUUUUUCAUUUUGCUCUGACACUUUCUGAUGAGGAGGCUGGCAGACUGUGUGAAAAGUUGUGUACACUGCUAUUUUACAAAAUCCUUAUCUGUACAGAAUUUGGCAAGUUAUGUGAAAUUCAAUACUACCAAAUAAUAAAAAAUGUCUCGAUUAUUUACAUA